AUGCGUGAGGACCUUCAUGCUACGAAUGGCUCGCCGAUGAAUGGCACCGCUCCCCAUGGUCUCCCCACGCCCGCCAACGAUGUGCCUUCCUCAGGCUUCACUGCCGUCAACGGAGACAGUCAACGGCCUCCCGGUCCUCGGCCCGACGAGUCGGUACGUCCUGCGCCAGUGACCAUGGCGAACGGCGAACGUGGCAGUCAAUCUGGCGCAGAGCAUGGUCCGCCCUCAGGCCCAUAUCACCCUCACAACUGGCGACCCGGGGAACGGCAUUAUCAUGACAGCCAACGCCAACAUUACGAGACUGCGCUAUCCAACAAGCGCAAGAGGAACGAGCCUUCUGGCGGGCCACGUGAAGAAGGUCAAGACGUCCAGCAUCACGUCGGAAACGAGUCGCCCAAGCGUCGCAUGGCAGUACUGAAUUCUGGUGGAAUUUCUUCACCCGCACGACCAGAUCAAUCCCACUCCAAGCCAUCGGACGGACAGGGCCUGCCGCCUGCGACAACAGGUACUUAUGUUCGGUGAGUCGACUCCACUGCGCAACCGUGAUUGGAAGGCUCCGUGCUUUCGUGAUUCUUGUCUUUUCCCCUUCGUGCAACUCAGGAACGUCCGUACUCGCUACAUUUGCUGACGACCGAACAGCGAGCCGACCCCAGACUAUCGCAAAGAUCGAGCAGAACCGCCGCCGCCGCCUCCACCGGAAGCGGAAGCAGUACUCGCGGCGUCAUUGCAGCAGUCCCUCAAUGCGCAGCAGCGAGUUGAGCGCCAGGCUGAGCCAGCAGCGGCUGAGAGCAGCGAUGGCGCUCGGCCUACCGAGGAGCCAUAUGGCAACCAGCGGUCCCCGAAUUACUCAUCCGGUGAUGGCCAGAACCUUGAUCUGGAUCCCAAGAAACGCAAGCGCAAUUUCAGCAACCGCACGAAGACGGGCUGUCACACUUGCAGGGCGCGAAAAAAGAAGUGUGACGAGGGCAAACCGACCUGUGAAAACUGCAGGCGCGGUGCCUUUGACUGCGGCGGGUACGGACCGAAGCCACCGGGAGGAAUCAAAGCGACUGCCGCCAGGCCCGAUCCUCCUCUCCAGGCAAAAGGUCCCUACCCUCCCCAACACCCCCCAGGCGGUCACUACUACGAACCUCCGCCCUUCCAUACCAACCCCUAUCAUCAUCCGCCGCCCUCUUGGGACCAUGUCGCCAGACCAGAACUAUACCCGCCACCUCAGCCUCGAUAUGGUCCUCCGCCUCCCGGUCCGAGCAGUCACAAUCCUCCACCUCCUCCUACUCGCGAGCCCUGUCCUCCUCGGCCAUGGGGCAAUUCAGAGCCUACGCCAUCGUAUCUAUCGGAACGCCUGCCUCCAGUAGACUUCUCCGGCGUACAUCCAGGUCAUUAUCCGCCGCCCGAGCGACCGACACCGAUCGACUCCUUCGGACCGCCGCAUUCUCAGUCUCGUCGCGCACCACCACCUCUUCUUCCGCCAGCCCCACCCACAGCACCGGCGACGGUGAUCAGCUCGCGCAGCGGGUCGAGCCACUCUGGUGGCCAUGGAGGAGCAGCACCGCUAUCCCUGCAAUUGAACGGAGCCCCGAGUGAACGAACCAAGAUGCUCUCGGGCCAGCCCUACCAGCACUACAUUGACCACGAACUCCUCCGCGAUCGCGAAUCCUGCAAACGCGCAGUCGAAUCCUACAACAACGCCAACUCGCCCAACUCCACCAUGUCGACACCAGAAAAGGAAAGACAUUUCAAAUACAUCCGAGACCCGAAAUCGCGUACGUUCGGUGGGACGAUGAUGCACGGCUGGACGGGGCCCUCGGGGACCUGUGGUCAUCGCACGAUUGUCGAGAGUCCGUUUGAUUGCGAGUUGGGAUACAAUAUCCACCUUGGCAGCGACGUGGUCAUUGGCGCGAACUGCUUCAUGCAAGAUGCUUGUCCUGUUGUCAUUGGAGACCGAACGAUUGUGGGCCCUAGUGUCAAGUUCUACUGUAUCACCGCGAGUGUAGAUGCCAAUCUUCGCAGAGGCAGUCGGGGCAAUUUCAUGGCGGGGCCGAUCAGAGUGGGAGAGGACUGUUUCAUCGGUGCCGACGUGAUGAUCAUGCCCUUCAGGACGAUUGGGAAGGGUGCCGUGGUUGGUGCGGGAUCUGUCGUGACGAGGGUGUGUCUUUUCCAUCCCUGGCUAUGCACCUGGACCGUUGCUAAUGUAUGUUGUAGGAUGUCAAGCCAUAUACCGUCGUCGCAGGCAAUCCCGCCAAACCCGUACGCAAACGAAAGAUUGAAUCCGGCCCCAACGUGGACCGACAUGACGAUGCGAUUCAAGAGGAAAACGAAAAGAUGAUGCAAUGGAUGAGCAAGGAUUUCCCGGCUUUUGUGAGGGAUAAGCAGCGAUCUGGAGGGUCUCAUAGUAGCUAG